CACCCUUAGUUCCAGCACCUCUGGGUAAAGGGAAGGACAGGGAGCAUAGUUGCUAUUGCACUUCAGUAAAUACUGUGACUCUUCAAAAAGCCAAAGACAGCACAGGAAUCUCUAAAUACUGACGUAUGAAGAUAUUGUUUCCCAUCACACAAUAGACAAGGGUUCAUCUAGUUCAGUCUCCUGUAGUGGCCCGUAUCACACAUACCUGGCCGGUUCUGUUUUGCUAUAACAAGGGAUUUAAGCUCUAAAGCAUGAGACUUACUAGUUCUUUUUACUGUUUCCCUAUCUAAUGUAAUGUAAUAAAAUAGCCAUUAUUAUUUAUAACAUCUUUUAAAGCUCUUACUAAGUUAAUUACCUCACUUCUAUAUUGCAGCAAUGAGUUCCACAGUUAUAAACCCUGAUGCUGAACUGGAGAUUACAUGAAGCUUCAUUGAUUUCAAGGACCAGGACAAUUACCAUGGGGUCUAGAGCUACUGAAACAGCCCGGGAACUGGAAGGCACCUCUUUAAAGUACCAAAUAGGAGGACACACUGAGAAAAUGUGGCAACGGCUCAAAGGAAUAUUAAGAUGCCUGGUCAAGCAACUGGAGAAAGGUGAUGUUAAUGUGGUGGAUUUAAAAAAGAAUAUUGAAUAUGCAGCAUCUGUGUUGGAAGCAGUUUAUAUUGAUGAAACCAGGAGACUUUUGGAUACUGAAGAUGAACUUUCUGACAUCCAAUCCGAUUCAGUCCCACUGGAAGUACGGGACUGGCUGGCUUCUACCUUCACGAGGAAAAUGGGGAUGACGAAAAGGAGACCCGAAGAAAAGCCAAAAUUUCGAAGCAUCGUACAUGCUGUACAGGCUGGGAUAUUUGUAGAAAGGAUGUACCGAAGGACCUCUAACAUGGUUGGUUUGGCAUACCCAGCAGAAGUGAUAGUAACAUUUAAGGAUGUUGAUAAAUGGUCAUUUGAUGUGUUUGCCCUAAAUGAAGCAAGUGGAGAGCACAGUCUGAAAUUCAUGAUGUAUGAGCUGUUCACCAGAUAUGACCUUAUAAGCCGUUUCAAGAUCCCUGUGCCCAGUCUUAUUUCAUUUGCAGAAGCUUUGGAGGUUGGUUACAGCAAGUACAAAAAUCCAUACCACAAUCUGAUCCAUGCAGCUGAUGUUACUCAAACUGUGCAUUACAUAAUGCUUCAUACUGGUAUCAUGCACUGGCUCACAGAACUGGAAAUUUUAGCUAUGAUCUUCGCAGCUGCAGUCCAUGAUUAUGAGCAUACUGGGACCACAAACAAUUUCCAUAUCCAGACAAGGUCAGACGUUGCAAUUUUGUACAAUGAUCGUUCUGUUCUUGAAAAUCAUCAUGUGAGUGCUGCUUACAGACUUAUGCAAGAGGAAGAGAUGAACAUUCUGGCAAAUUUAACCAAAGAUGACUGGAGGGAACUGCGUAGCCUGGUCAUUGAGAUGGUCUUGUCAACAGAUAUGUCAGGACAUUUCCAGCAAAUUAAAACAAUGCGACAUACUCUGCAGCAGACAGAGGGGAUAGACAAAGCCAAAGCCAUGUCUUUGAUUCUACAUGCAGCAGACAUAAGCCAUCCAGCAAAAUCUUGGGAACUGCACUACCGGUGGACAACGGCACUGAUGGAAGAAUUUUUUCGACAGGGAGACAAGGAGGCUGCUUUAGGGCUACCAUUUUCCCCACUCUGUGACCGCAAAUCUACCAUGGUGGCUCAGUCCCAAAUAGGUUUCAUUGAUUUCAUAGUAGAGCCCACGUUUUCUCUUCUAACGGACUCAAUGGAGAAAAUUAUUAUUCCUCUUAUAGAGGAAGCUUCAAAGUCUGAAAGUUCUGCCUUUGGGGCACCCAGCCAGCAUAGCUUGGGAGCAGUAAGCAAUGCUGAUGUACAAAGAAGACCCAGUGUUAAAAGUACUACAAGUGCUGGAGGGACUUCCACAGACAAUUCUUUAGCAACGGUAGACCUAUCAAGCUUUAAGGACAACUUGGUGCAGAUCAUUCAAGAAAACAAAGAAAGAUGGAAAGAGUUAGCUGUGCAAGACCUAUCAGGAAAAGAAAGUAACAGAAGUAAAGCCCAAGACAGUAAAAGAGCAGAUGUAGGAAUACAGGAGAAAGCAUCAAGACGUAGAGAAGAUUUUGUACUGUCUAGUAAAUCCUGUCCUGUCUCAACUCCAUUACCAAAUGUUCCCACUGGUUCUGUACUACAGUACCCUGAUAGUAACACAGCUGAGCCAAUGGAAAUCAACUUUUUAGUUUAUAAUGCAGACUCAGAGCUUCUACAGCCACAGGACAGUGAUAUUAUGGAGACCACAGAAUCAUAUGAGGAUUUCAUAGGGAAUGAACCUGCAUGGAGUAAGGAGGGUCGGGACACAGAGUCAGAUAUACAAGAGAUGAGAGACAUGAUACCAAGAACAAGGAGUCUGGGUCCUAAUGAGAGCGAUGAUAUCAUCAUUGAGGAAUAUAUACCUGACUAUCCUGAAUCCCAACCAUUAACCCAUCCCUGUGAUUACCCUGCUAAAACUUUUCAAGAACACACCACUAACUUUUCUUUUUUUCAGGCAGAUUUAACUAAGAGUGACAUGGAGAUUUUAUCACUGUGGAAUGAAGAACUUGUGAGAAAUGUUGGUGAACAGCAAAAAGACCAAAGCAGAAAACCUGCAGAUGCACAAUUACAGGAGGAAACAACCAGGACACAAAAUGAGAGUAGUCAGGGAAGUGAUGACACGCCUUUACCAAGAAGCUCCACUCCCAGUUCCUUCGUCCUACAAGUUAUAACUUUCGACUGUCCUCCUAGCGCAUCCAGCUCGGAGAAAUUCACUAACUCUGAUCCAAACCAGAAAGAUCCCACCGAGGCACAGCAAGAAACACAGCCCACUGACCCAUUGAAUGGUGAGCCUAAACACUGUCAAAAAUCAGAAGAUAUAAUAAAAGCCACUGAACAAAAACAUGCUGUGAUACACAACUAGAUUUGCUACUUCUUAAAGGCUUCUGACAUUUUAGUCAUGAGAGGAAAAACAGAACAGCACUACAAGUUCCUAAUUCAGCUUUCUGUGAGGCUAUCAUCUCCUCUAUGUACUCGUUCUCGGACCAUGCCAUUUUUAUGGACAACCAUUGGACAAAAUAAUGAUAGUUAAAAACCAUAAAAUCCUGAGCUGGUAACUCGAGGCACUUAAUAACUCUCAAGGUUUCAGAUGCAUUUGUAACUGGUUUAUUUCCUCUUCUAUUUUGCCUUCUUAAACCUAGCCAGAGUACUUUUUCAGCCAAAACUUGGACUUCAUUUUAUUUGCAUCACUGAAACCAGUCGUUGCCAAAUGAGCAUGAGAUACGUGUUAAUAUAUAAGGCACUUAUCAUUUGCACUGGUUUGCUGUAAAACUGCUGGUAACCUUGAUCUACAUCCAACGGAAAUGGAAAGCCAAACUGAAACUGGCACAGACAAUUGUUUAUGCAUUCACACUGCAAAAUGAUAUUUAAGUCCCACUUGUCAGAUUUCUUAAAAUCUUUGGAAACAAAUUAGAAUGUAGACUGUACAGAGAAAUGUUAGUGUUGUACUAAGCAGCCCAUGUGAACAAUCCAUGUAUCCUGAUGCUGUGGCUGCAAUUUGGAGAAAACUUGGUGUUUAAUGAAACCAGCCUUUGAAAUAUCGAUUGAAAACCUGUUAAAUAAUUGUCAAUGCUAAGAUCAAAAUGUUCUAAUACCAUGUCCUAUGGUGUUCAGUAAGACCUUGGCAGUGAAGUCAUGCCUGCCAUGGAGUUAGGUGUAUAUUGUUCGAGAUCAGGGCAGAGGAAAUAGAUACAAGAAUGUUCAAGUGACACUUUGGCUUCACUUAAGCAAAACCAUGUAUAAAUAGUCUGCAGAUGGUAUUGUAGCCCCUUAGACUGAGCAGGAAGGGAAAAUUUGGGGCCUUGUGGGUGAUUCUGUUCAUAUGAAAACUCGGUGACAUGGAGUCAGGAUAAUCCAUGCUGUAUUUGGUUUAUUUACAUAAAUAUUCACACAAUCCUGUUUCCCCGAGCAGCAGUAGAAACGUAUAGCAAUCAGGCAGUUAGUUUCCAGCCAGCACAGUGCCCAAGGAGUGGCUCCCUCCCUGCCUCAGCUUCCUUCCAGGGUCACACAUGACUACUUCUCCUGGCUCACUCCCGCUAACCCACAUAGCCUGCAAUCAACUGCUCACCCCGGCAUCUGGAAUCUAAAGGGAAACCCUGUAGCUCCCACUGCCCUCUGGGUUGCAUGUUCUGACCAGGUGGCUUAGGCCAUUAAACUUACAAUACUC